UAUAACCAUACCUUGGUUUCCGAUUGUCAGAAGUGGCCAGAAGACUAUGUGUUUCAUCGUGCGGAGUAAUCAUCUGUGAUAGCUGCAGUAUCCUGGAAAACACCAAGCUUUUAACAGGCAUAGUUUCCCUCCGUUAUAUGGCACACCAUUGACUUUCAUUGGAGGCUUCAGCCACCGGAGAAGGAGCUGCGCCCGGUAAAGAGCUAGCUUAAACGGGAGAGAAGAGAGGUAGCGGAAGAAGACUACUCGUCAGGCACCCGUCAAGAUGCCUGCUCCGACAUCAGCAGCAGAUGGGGCGGUGGAGGGGGGUGGGCCACCCCGCACCGAACUGCAGGAAUUACAGCUGAAGGCCGAUCAAACUACAGAUGAGUCUCUGGAGAGUACGAGGCGUAUGAUGGCGUUAUGCGAGGAGAGCCACGAGGUCGGGAUGAAAACCCUCGUAAUGCUGGACGAGCAAGGCGAGCAACUGGACAGAAUCGAGGAGGGUAUGGACCAGAUCAACGCCGACAUGAGGGAGGCCGAGAAAAAUCUCACUGGAAUGGAAAAGUGCUGCGGCCUCUGCGUUCUUCCGUGCAACAAGAGCGCCAGCUUCAAGGAAGACGAGGGAACGUGGAAGGGCAACGAUGACGGUAAGGUGGUAAACAACCAGCCGCAACGAGUGAUGGACGAUCGCAACGGGCUGGGACCGCAGAGCGGGUACAUCGCCAAGAUCACGAACGACGCGCGCGAGAACGAGAUGGAGGAGAAUAUGGGCCAGGUGAACACGAUGAUCAGCAAUCUGAGAAACAUGGCCAUCGACAUGGGCAGCGAGCUGGAGAAUCAGAAUCGGCAGAUCGACAGGAUCAAUCGCAAGGGCGAGUCAAACGAAACGAGGAUAGCCGUGGCGAAUCAGCGUGCGCACGACCUGCUCAAGUAAAAUGCGUCUCUCUGCCCAAGUACCCGUCUCCUUCGAGCCCCAAAUAGUCAAAAUACAUACGCCGCAUACACUCAUAUACACGUACACGCUGUGACAAUAGCGUGGCCGUACAUCAUGUAUGCGUAUCACGCCCCACGCCCUUUCUUCUGCCUUCUCGUCGUCGGUCGGACAUCGUCAACUCGCUAACCCAACUCGUGUCUCCAACUCGAUCCACCUGCCGAAAUGGCAGCGACUUAGAAAACCCUGAACAAUUCCAGGCUUUCGAGAGACGUACCAUGCCAACGCGUACGAUGACAUUACAUUUAAACCUUUGGACUGUCAUUUGUUGGAUAAAAUCCUGUAGGAUCGUAGUCGUCGUCGAGUACUGUUCCUUUUAUUCUCUCCCCAUUUCUCGACGAAGGAGAGAUUGGAAGGAACGACGACGACGCUCGAGCGAGAAGAGCGCGGGACUAAUCGAAGUAACGAGAUCGACGAUAUAACGCGAUCUUGAUACACGGCUGUGUGUUGGGUUACGAUCUUUCGUUUGUUUCUUUUUUUG